CUUCAUGUGCCAGUGAAACCUAAAAUGGAGAUAACAAGUUUCAUUCGGAAUAUUUUUAUUUUUAUUCAAAUUAAGCCAGAAUUUAAAUGCUUGAAUCGAGUUGAAAAUGAAUAUAUAUUGUCACGCUAAUCUUAACGCGGAUAUUUAAUAAGUGUAUUUGAAGCGUUUUGGUUUUACCUUUUUCUAUAUGGAUAUUACUUUCUACGGUAAUAGUACAAAGUCACUUCACAAAAUGAAUUUCUUUAUUGGACUGUUAGCACUCCUUGUGAGUGAAAGUGGACUGCAUGGUGCUCAUGUUCAUAUUGCAAGCACCACUAUCCUUUUGAACGACAUUCAUAAGAACCUUGGUUUGAAUCAUAUGUUUAUGGCGGAAAACGGAACGUCACUUUAUUUGACGGGCAAAAAUUACAUUUACCACCUAGAUACAGCGAAUGGUUUUCAUGACCUGACUAAGAUUAAUAAGGUGAGAACUGGACCAAACGAUGUUGCAAACGGCGAUUACAAAAUCGACGAUGUUUCCAACAUCGUGAUACCAUAUGGUACGGACAAUUUGAUAACGUGCGGAAGCAGUUACAAAUUCUGCCAUAAACGAUUCCUUGGGAACAUAUCUGGCUGGACCAAAGGAUUUGAACCCUCGAUCAACAACAGUGCUGCUGUGGCAUUUGUUACUGAUUUUGAUAAUAAAGAGUAUUUGUUUGCCGGCUGCCCACAUGGAAACAAUCAACUAAAUACCAUUUGUGAUAAAUUCGGGAUAUUUUGGUUUAAGGACUUGGAUAUAACACCACACACAACAAAGUUUAAGACUGCCGAUGACUUAUUGUUGAUUACAGAAACUUAUGUUAAGGGAUUUGCUAUUGAUCAUCACCGACUGUUUUUCAGCAUACAACGAAAUAAGACAGAUAACGCUGCUGUCAGCAGAGUUGCAAAUAUUUGUCAGAAGAAUAUUGUUAAUGCACCGAAAACGUAUGUGGAUAUGGAACUGAAAUGUGGGGACUUCAAUUACAUGCAAGCUGUUGCAAAAACGUGCUUUGAAGGAGAAUGUAUUAUUGUUGCUACAUUUACCCAAGGAGAACACUCGGUCGUUUGUGCAUACCUAUUCUCGGAGAUCAAAUCGAGGUAUUUUUUGGCAGUCAAUGUAAAGCGAUGUUACAAUAAAACUCUUCAGCUGCCCUCCGAUAUUUAUGACUACUUCUAUUAUCAGAACGAAAGACCAUGUACUGGAAACCCUGCCGAUCUAACCAGAAAGAACCCCACUGACGACUAUUUCUUAUGUAACGAAGACGAAUACGCAAGUUUGAAAGACGUGAUAGGCGACACAGCCCUGCAGAUGAAUGCCAGUGUACGUCUGGACCACACGGCCGUUACUGCCCUCACCUUGGUGUCCGUCCGCGGACGUGUGCUAGCUCUACUAGGGACAGCUAGUGGAGAAAUAAUUAAGGCCCUUGUAUUUCCACGAGAAGUGGCUGAGGUCCUGUCCUGGAAAGCUGUUGUAGACAUUGGCCAUGCAGUAUUACCGGACAUGUUUGUGUACGGUUACACAUUAUAUGCCUUCUCGGAAAAUGUGGUAAGAAAGAUAGAGCUGGCGGGCUGUUCCUUAUUUCCAACUUGUGAGAAAUGUAUGGAAAGCAAGAACAUUUUCUGCGGAUGGUGUAUGUUUGAUAAUAGAUGCACAACCCCGACACAAUGUUCAAAUUCAGAAUGGAUAUUGGCUGAAAGCUCAACCAGUAUCUGUCCACACAUAAACCAAACGAGUCCAGAUGUGUUAAGAAUAGAUGAAUCAACUGAGCUGACACUGACCUUGUCUCAUAACCUGAGCACUGGACUAGAGUUGAGAUGCCAGUUUGAAAGCUUCGUCGACAACAAUACUAUAUUGAUGAACAGCAGUGUUCCGGAGGUAGAAAGGGGCGACGAGGUAACAGUUGAGUGUCGAUCGCCAGACUGGACGCAACUAGAACAUCACAUCGAAGGUACGACCAGCGUGUCUGUCCUGCUCUUCACAAACGUUUCCUCCGUGGCUGUAAUGAGAGGGGAGUUAACUGUGUUUGAAUGCGAAACGUUUACAAGGUGUUCAAAGUGCAAUUCAAAUCGGUGGACGUGCAAAUGGUGUCCUUCUGUGGGACGUUGUAUCAAAGAAAACAAUUUAUGUAAUGGAAAUGAGACUAGCAGUUGUCCAGAGGUGACAGACUACACCGUUUCUGAUACAAACUUGCUGGAUGGUUCCGGUGAUGCACACUUUGCAAUUGAGGAAAGCUACAAUAUUACCGUCAAGGGCAUGAACUUACAGAAUUUUAGUUCUGCAAGUUAUCAGUGCUCUGUGAAACACUCGGAUCUACCUGGCGGAGAAAUACAAUUAACAGCAACAAGAAUUAAUGAUUCGGAGAUGAUGUGUCACAUCCCGAAUGGAAGCAUACCAAAGAAUCUGGAUUCCCCAACAAGUCUUUAUGUCUACCUUCAGUCAAAUAAGCUUGACGGCCGAUCGUUUAAAGCUGUGUUUUAUCAAUGCGGUUCUCUGAUCUCCCCAUCAGACAACUGUGGACAAUGUAAAAGUUUUAAAUACUUCAAGAAAUAUUUAAGAUGUCACUGGUGUGGUGGCAAGUGUAUCUAUGCGGGAAAGCCUUGUAUAACAGCAGAAACCAUGUGCCCUGAACCAGUUAUUACAAAGGUCUAUCCACUUUCUGCCCAUAUCAACGCUGUCACGCCCAUAAUUGUCGAGGGUUUUAACCUGGGUUCCCACAUGAACGAAACAAUAAAUGCUGUUAGUGUCGGGAACAUCUCAUGUGAUACCAUCUACCCUGCUGGUGGGGUAAACAUAUCAACAAGAAUAACAUGUAAGCUUGGACCGAGUGAAAGAGAAACAACGGAAAAUGUGACAGUAAAUAUAAGAGGCCACAAUCCAGUUGUGUUUGAAAAAAACAGCUUCAACUUUCAGAUUCCGAGAUUAACACGAAUUUUUCCGAAUUAUGGGCCUUUGUCUGGUGGUACAAAUGUUACGAUAUACGGCGAGUAUCUAGACACAGGUUGGGAGAGAAAGAUAAAGAUUGGAGAGCAACUCUGCGGACUUGUAACAGUGCCUGCGUUUAUAAAGCCAACCUUGGCAGAAUGUAAGACUGUAAAAUCCAAUUCAACCACCCGGACGAAUGCUUCAGUUUCCAUGGUUUUCGAUAAUCAGGCCGUAGGAGACGUCAACUUCACGUACGUUCCCGACCCGGUAGUUUGGGAUAUUCAACCAAGAAUGAGCUUUGAAAGCGGAGGACGAGUUUUAACGGUGACUGGUCUGAACCUGUUGUCCGUGCAAACUCCGAAGCUCAGGGCCCGUACCAUUGACGGAAAGACUUCAGUUGAACUACCGUGCACGCACAGAGCAUCGAAUGACAGCGAGGACAAUUUAAAUGGAAAUUUAAUAUGUAGAAGCCCAAUGUUUCAUCCCCGAGGUUCCGGGCAGCGGACAAAGCGGUCGGGAUUCAUGGAGAUGAGCUUUAUCAUGGACGAUGUGGGUUCAGUCAGGAAUUUGCAGUCCAACAUUUCUGAACUCCAAUACUAUCCUGACCCUACGCUUCACAACUUCACCGAGACUCAGCGCAACACAAAAGUCAUUGUUAUAAAAGGUCAAAAUUUAAACGUGGCUGCCACCGCGGAAGACGUACAGGUGUUAAUUGGCUGUGAUGAAUGCAAUGUCACCACUCUGGAGCACGAUCGGGUAAUCUGUACCCCUCCCGCUAGUGCACCAAAGUGUAACGGUACCAGACAAACGUUUCCUAUCAAGGUUAGCAUUGGAUUUCUAAAACGAGAGGUCGGCCAGAUGGAUUACAAGCAAAUGGAACCUACCGAACCCUGGGAUAUUAAACUGAUAGUUGGUGGUGCAGCUGGAGUAGUGCUUUUUCUCUGUGUGUUGUUGAUUGUUAUUGGCUUUAUAAAAAUGAAGACAGUGUUGCAAGUUCGAAUACAGAAGGCACGGAAAGGCUAUGCGUAUAACCUGGAUAAAAUUGAGGCUCGCUAUAGAAACCAGUGCCGGGAAGAGUUUGCUGCUCUACAAACAGCCAUGGUCGACCUUACAAGUGAGCUUGAAGGUGGAAACGUCCUGUUCCGAGAUUUUGAUGACUUUGCUUGUAAAACUCUGUUGUCUGCGGAAGGAUCCCUUGGUUUGAUGUCACCUCCUUCUAUUAUUACAAGCAGCAUCGAGAAGGAGAUGGAGCAGUUCAAGAGUUUGCUGAAGAGCCGCCAAUUCCUUCUCACUUUUAUUCGGGCAUUGGAGAAGCAGAAUAACUUCACCAUCCAUGACAGGUCUGACGUUGCAACAUAUUUGAUGGUCAUUAACCAAGACAAUGUUGAAUUCCUCACGAGCAUAUUGACGGACCUACUUGAUGAGCUCAUUGACAAAAAUGUUGCAGCAAACACACCCAAACUUCUAUUGUUACGGUCCGAUUCCGUCGCUGAAAAGUUGUUGGCCCACUGGCUGUCAAUCUGUCUCUACCAUUACCUGAAGGAGCAAACCGGGUCAGUGUUGUUCAUUCUCUACAAAGCUAUCAAGAUACAGGCUGAGAAAGGACCAGUGGACUAUAUUACAUCCUGUGCGAAAUACACACUAUCUGAGGACAAACUCUUUACUGAAACUGACCAACCAAAGUCACUGGCGCUAGAAGUUGAUCAUUUCCACUUAAUAGAAACUCAACAGAAGACAAUCAAUGUGGUGGUUCUCGACUGUGACACAAUCACCCAGGCCAAGGGCAAGAUGUUGGAGGUUCUUUACAAAAACGCCGGAUACUCGCAACGGCCUUCGGUCCAUGCAACAGUAUUAGUUGAAGAGAGUGACGGUACCAGAAGAACACUUCUUGAUGAGGAUGAGUCCAGUGAGAAAGACGGCCUUUGGAAGAAAAUCAACACUCUCCAACAUUAUAACGUCCCGGAUGGGGCAAGAAUGAACUUGAAACUAAACAGAGAACAUUUGACCACGUCUGUAAAAAUAAAGACAGCGGCAUCCACAGAGUCGUUAAUUGGUGGGAGCAUAAGAAAGUCAAAGUCAAUAAUUCGCACAGUUAGCGGUUCAAACUUUUGGCAUCUGAUGAAGCAUCACAACGAAGACGAGGAGGUGGGGCUGGCCAGCGAUUUCUUUCUCCCAAGACUCCUCAACACCAAGGGUACACUCCAAGUAUACAUAGAUGACUUCUUUUCCAAAAUCCUUCAUGUCCCGAAUGAUCCGCCGAUUAUCAUCAAGUUCCUGUUUGAUUUGUUGGACAGCGCGGCCAACAGGUGCAACAUCACAGAUCCAGAUGUGAUUCACACCUGGAAAUGUAACAGCCUGAUGUUGCGUUUCUGGGUGAACAUCAUCAAGAACCCAGACUUUGUGUUCGACAUUCACAAGCCAGUCAUUGUCGACUCCUGCCUCUCUGUGAUCGCACAGACCCUCAUGGACAGUUGCUCUACUGCCGAGUCAAGGCUGGGUCCCGGAUCACCGUCAAACAAGCUGCUGUUUGCCAGGGACAUUCCGCGCUACCGAAAGAUCGUGCAGGAGUACUUUGCAGAGAUGAAGUCUCGUCCAGCGGUCGGCGACCAAGAGCUGAACUCGUAUCUCACGCAGAAAAUAUCUCAGAAAUAUUCCGGAAAGAUUUACCAAUCCACUGCUCUUAUUGAGAUGUUCAAAUUUGCCAAGAGAUACCGAGAAAAGAUCAGCGCCGAAAUGGACAACGAAGAAGCUGAUCAUCCGGGCACUUUUUCCACCUUGUCCUGCAAGCUGCAGUGUAUCUACAUGGCCAUGGACCAGUUACAGCAGUAGAUAGUGAACAAGCUAAUGUCUACACUACUUCUGUAGCAUUGGAGAUUAUAUGUUACAUUUGUAAAUAACUGAAUAAAUAUAAUAUGUAAUAUCUGCAUUAUUUUAUCAAGUAGAGUUACUCUUGUUCUACAUAUCUUAAAGAUUUAUAAAAUGCUAUAACAGUCGACGCAUAAAUAAAAUAACAUUUUUAGUGUCGUGAACUACUCGGAAGAGAUUCGACUGUUUGUAUAAACAUAAUUAUGGUGAUAAACUUCAAAAUGGUCUGACAAUGAUUACAAAACUAACCGAUAUGUGAGACAGACCAUUUCACAACAUUUAUUCUGAUAACCUAAAUAAUGGCUUGAUUGUGUAUUGAUAAAUCUGUUUUGGUGCAUGUGUGGUCUGUUAGCGGCGCUUGUACCUUUAGUGUCUUUUGGACCUCUACCUUGUGCCUCUAUACGUUUACUUGAACUAUUUACUACUGGACUUGUCCCUGUUGUUUUCAUUGUAUUGUUUAACCUUUUGUUUCAUCCUGGAUUUGUAUUUGUAGUUUUCAUGGUAUUAUUGUGUAUAUAUUUAUUGUUAUAACAUUCUCAAAUAACCUUAACUUUGAAGCUUGUUAUCUAUGAUGUAUAUGCAUCUUUAUUAUCCUCUUAAAGAUGUUAUAUGUAUGCAGUAAAAAUGUGAAAAAAACAACAAUAAAAACCAUAAC